ACUGACAGAGUUGCCACAGGCUCAUCCAGUGUUGACUCACUUGUCACCGAGCGUCUAACACAACAGCACAGGUUAAAAUGUGGUAUGAAAAGUCAAACUGAGGAAGAAGGUGUAGGAGUCUGACCGCCUUUCUGUUGGAGGUCACUGUAACAACUGUCAUGAUGAUUGUGAGAUUAAUUAAUUUCAGUGCUCUCCUUCUUGGAACACUCACAUCCCCAACGCCGAGUCCAUCUUCUCCUCCCACCAACAACAAUGAGGAAGGACCCUGUCGCAUCGACAAAUCUGGCCACUUUGCCGACUGUCUGGGAAGGCAGCUUGGCAGUGUCCCAUGGAAACAAUUCCCAUCCACACUGGAAAAGAUAGAUCUCUCCUACAAUAGACUUCAAGCUAUCCAUGCUGACGACUUCCUCCGCCUCCCUCAGCUUCGCAUCCUUCUGCUGCAGUACAAUAACAUUUCACGCAUUGACAAUGAUGCCUUUAAAAACAACACUCUACUGGAGAAUCUUAACAUCUUUAAUAACUCCCUGCAGGAAAUUCCUGCCACAGCUCUGACUCCUCUCUUGAAUCUAAGAGAGCUCUCCAUGUCUAAUAACCUUUACAAACAUGCCACUCUGGCUGAUAGCUUCUCCAAAUUUGUCAAACUCCAGUCUCUGUCGAUGGGUGGCCCUCUGGUGAUGGGGCUAAAGAAAGAAGAUUUUCAGCCAUUGAAGAACAUCAGAUUACAAGGUUUUGCCAUCAAAUGUUCCUCCAAUCUGAGUUACUAUGAACCUGGAAGUUUACAAGUUAUCCAAACGCAGCAGAUGGGCUUUGAUAUGGCCAUAGAUCAACAGCCAAAUGCUCUCCUCGACAUGCUGCAUGACCUCGCCAACAAGACCUUCAGAGUCAUCCAAUUCCGUAAUCUCUUUGAGUUCAUGUACUACAUGGAAGUGGAUGACAUUUUCCAGGGUUUAAAGGGUAUCAAAGCCCAUCAGAUCAUCUUUCACAGAGGUAAAUUCAAUGAGAACCUAUUGAGGAUGGCUUUAUUGAACUUAGAAGUCGCCCCGGUCAAAAGGUUGAGACUUCAGUACAUCGACUUUGCCCGUUCACCCAAAUUUAUUGAUAGUGGAGCAGGUUCAAGCAUCAGAGACCUGGCACUGGAUAGGUUGGAUCUUUGGUACAUCAGCAAUCCUGAUGUGCUGAGAUUUGACUGGCGCUUCACUUGGCUCAACAAAAUUAAAGAACUGUCUAUCCAGUAUGUGUACUUCAACUCUGUGCCUUGUGAUGCCUGGGUUGAGAUGGAAGGUGUGAAGUUUCUGGAUGUCUCUAAUAAUCGACUAAAGGAUGAGUACGUCUUCAACCAGCGGUGUGAUUACAAGGGCAACAUGCCAAAUAUUCACACCUUCAACAUGAGCUCCAAUGAGCUGGCCAGCUUAGAAGACUUGUCAGCACUAACAAGAGAGUUCCAGCAACUGCAGGUGUUGGAUUUAAGCAACAACAAACUGGGAACUGCCAAACACAGUCAGGACUGUGUUUGGCAACAAAAUAUCACUCGGUUUAUCGCUCAUCACAAUACAUUUGAAAGUGAAGCCCUACGUUGUCUGCCCACCACAGUGCACUAUUUGGACCUGUCACACUGUGGCCUGGACCAGCUGGACAUGACGUACUUUGAGAAAGCCACCAACCUGAAAGAGCUCCUGCUCAGUGGGAAUAAAAUCAAGUUCAUCCCGUCUAAAUGGGAAAGUCCAUCACUGCAGUCGUUGGCUUUGGAUGGGAAUUCAUUUGGUCUCAUUAGCAAGGAAUCCUUCCAGGACAUGCCUCAAUUAUCUCGCCUGAGGGCGGGGAACAAUCCUUACCAUUGUACUUGUGAGCUACAUGCUUUCGUCCAGGACACAAUGUCAAAAAGAAAGGUCAACCUCACAGACUGGCCUUGGAACUACAGGUGUUAUCACCCAGAGGCCUUGCUGAACACAAUCAUAUCCAAGUACUUCCCAGGUCAAGUGGCGUGCGAUAUCAGACUAGUUAUCAUCAUCUGUGUUGCAACUACUGCAGCAGUGAUCUUGAUAUUGAUGCUGAUUUGCUAUAUUUUUGACCUCCCGUGGUAUACUAAAGCCACAUAUCAGAUUAUCAGGGCCAAAUACAGAGCUCACAAGGAAAAAGCAGCGGGGGAACCAGGGACUUUUACUUAUCAUGCCUUCAUAUCGUACAGCCACUCUGAUGCAGACUGGGUUAGAGACGAGCUCUUGCCCUGUUUGGAGGACAACAGGAACCCGUAUCAGCUGUGUAUUCAUGAGAGGGAUUUUAUGCCAGGAAAGUGGAUCAUCGAUAACAUCAUCGAGAACAUUGAAAGCAGCCGUAAGGUAAUAUUUGUCCUUUCACGAAACUUUGUGAACAGCGAGUGGUGCAACUAUGAGCUGUACUUUGCUCAGCAGAGAGCAAUGGGAAAGACCUUUAGUGACAUCAUCCUGGUGGUGAAGGAGCCCAUUGAUCCCAGCUCCCUGCCCAGCAAAUACUGCAAGCUUAAGAAGAUGUUGAGUACUAAGACGUACCUUGAGUGGCCCCAGCACGUCAACCAGCAGGCAUUUUUCUGGGAGCAGCUGAGGAGCGUUCUGGGCAAGCCAGCAAUGACCCGAGAGAGGACACACAGUGUGAAGAGCAGAACCUCAUCUGUGAGAAGCAUUUCUUUGAUGAUGGAAGAUCAGAGGCCAGAAAUCGCGAUCCCUUAUAUGGACAAAGAAGCAGAACCCGAAAAAGAGAUUGUUAAGAGGGAUAAUGAUCACCUGGCCAAUCACAGACAAAUCCCAGUGGUGGCAUUCUGACCAGCAAUUUAAAAAAAUAAAGAUUGUAUGAUAACUUAGAUUCCUUCAGUAUUUCUCAGUAAAGGCCUGAACACAGGUAACCUUUUGUGUGUGGGUUAUGCCAAGCUGGGAGCAAAAGCCAAUGUUUCAUUAUGAUGACAGACAAUAACACGAUCCCUCCCUGCCCCUGGCAUUGUGUCAUGUUAUCCCCGAGGGCCGAGCUGAUGCCCUCUGCUCCGCUUUCCCUCUGAGUGUCUCAGGCCAGGGUGCCCCCACUGACAGGAGCUGAAAGGCCACAAACUCAGUGACUCAAAUGAGAUCUCCCAUGUCGCACUCUGGAUAACAAGCAAGGUGCCAGGAGGAUGUGGUGACAGGUUCCGCAUUGUGAAAGGGCCGUGCUCUGUUACACUUUUGGCCCUCAGAGGUAUGAGAUCAUGAAUGUUCAAACUCUGGUGUUACAGGGCCAAGUCAAAGGCCACAUGAUACCAAUGCUUCACAGGAAUAGCAUUUUUUUGGGGAGAUUGGUCCUAUUAUUAACCCACCUGAGAACAUAAUAAAUCAAAAUCACCUGUGAAUCUUCAUAGUAUAGGCAACGCUUAGUGAUAGUUGGUUCUAUGCCUAUUCUAUGUCUCCUGUUCUAUUAGUUAAACAUUAAAAACUGAGACAACUGGUAUUUGUAGCACUCCAGCACUUUGAAUAUGGAUAAUUCAUAGUCUUAAAGUGGAUGACAAAAAGGCCAAAGGCACAUUAUUGCCUUAAAAAAGCUGUUAUGCUUAUGUCUUAGCAACUAAUUACAUACCUACACAUCCAGCAGAUGUAUAUUUAUGUCAACCUGAUGAAUGUAAGUCCAAUUUUUACUCUCCCUUUAUGAAGAAGAAAAUUGUUUUGGCUAACAUGCUAGCAGACAGUUUACAUAUCCAGCCACACAGAGCAUUUUAGCAUAGAGACGAGUGUUUCUGUCCUGUGUUCACUCCCUUUUUUAGCUCUGGUUUGGUCACCAAAAACUGCUUGAGAGUUGGCUCUCAAGCAGCUAGAUGUUCCACUUUCACUAGCUAGUCAUUAACUUUGCCCUCUGCCAUUUGAAACUGGGCAGGUAGUGAACACUGGGUUUAUUAGAGGUGUUUGUUUGUUUGUUUAUACUGAAAACAGCCACUCUGGAUAACAAAACAGUUGCUUUAAAACAAAAACUAUGAGCUUAAAGAGGCUUAAAGUUAUUUUUUGUAUAUAAGAAAAAAGACCAAUACAGCCAAGUUCUUCACACCAAGUAGGAUCAGAGCUGGGACUCAACUAAAAGGUGCAGAAUGGAAACGUAAAAGCCAUUUACGGGCAUGUCUGCAGACCUUUGACCUGAGGAAGCAAAACUAUAGGCUAAAUGUGCACUGGAUGCUUUUAUAUUUAAAAAAAGCUAUUAAAAUCAGCAGGCUGUGUACAGAAACUUUUAAUCAAAAUGUUUGAACUUAUAGGUGUCUUUACAAACUUGACACAAACAAAUGUGAGCAGAAGUACUAAAACACUGUAUGAUAAAGCAACAGUGACUGUAAACUUGUGGCUGUCUUAUAAGUUUAUGAUUUAAAGGAAGCAGCACUGGAUGUUAAUCACUUUGUAAUGGAAAACAUGUUUCUGUAAAUAACAAUCUAGCUUUUUAUGUUAAUGAUUGAAGUAUACUGUCAAAUUUAAAGAUUUUAUUAUUAUUAUUUUUUAAGCAUUUUCUUUGUCUGGCACUUUAUUCAACAUGAGCUUUGCUAUGAUCGUUAGUAAUGAAUUUGAGCUGAGUUGAACUCAGACUUGUUCCAUAAAGGUUAAUAUGAUUUUUUUUUUAAGCAUUGUGGAUUUUUUUCUGUUUCUUACUUUAACUCUGUUCUUUCCACUUUCACAUUCAGUAUUGACUCUGUAUUGUGUAAGAGUUUUUAAUCAUUUUUUAAAUAUGUGAGUUUACAUGUGUGGCCGUUUGCAGAGUUUGCAAAUGACCAGUAGAUGACACCCUUGAACGUAUUUUUUUUUCUGGUUGAUGUUGUCAUCACUAUCCCAGAGAGAGAGAGAGAGCGAGAGAGAGAGACUGAA